AUGGCUGUGUCUUCAUCUGCAUCUAUGCCUGGUCUUGGAGAAGUGGAGUUCGAGAAUGAGCAAACUCCUCUACUUCAGCAUUCAUCAGGAGAAGGAGCUAGUGCUGAUGUGGCUGCUUUUGGGACUGCAGAUGCUGCUUCUCCGAGAAGGAACCGAAACCGUCCAGGAAAUCCAAAUCCUGAUGCGGUGGUUGUUGCACUGUCUCCUGAAUCUCUUACGGCCAAGAAUCGGUUUAUCUGUGAGCUGUGCGACAAGGGUUUUCUUCGGGAACAGAACUUGCAACUCCACAGGAGAGGGCACAAUCUGCCCUGGAAGCUCAAGAAAAAGACAGACCAGGAGGUGCAGAAGGUGUACAUCUGCCCCGAAAUUGGUUGUGCCCACCAUGAUCCAGCAAGAUCUCUUGGAGAUCUGACUGGAAUCAAGAAGCAUUUUGCUCGCAAACAUGGUGAGAAGAAAUUCGGUUGCACCAAGUGUCACAAGAGGUAUGCUGAGCUGUACCUCAAAGCUCAUAGCAAGAUCUGUGGAACCAAGGAGUACAAAUGCGAGUGUGGUACUACCUUCUAUGUGUAA